AUGGACUGGAAGUCGAUCGACCGACGCCCGCUCCCGAGCCGUCAGACAUCCCCGCCACGGCGAAGUAUCGCAAGUAUCGCACGACGAUGGGUGGUUGCUGCUCUCGUUGCGGUGACUUAUUUUUGGUUCGUGGCUCUUAGGCCUCCUCUUAGCCAUCCGGUGGUCGUGGAGGCGUCAGUGUUCAACUGGGAGGACACUCCCUCAUCGGAGUCGCUGCAGUACCACGACUGCGGUGAUGGGUUCCAAUGUGCUCGGCUGGAGGUGCCGAUGGACUACAACCGCACCGAUAGCGAGAGUCGAAAAUUCACUUUAGCUGUUGUUCGAUUACCAGCGAAAGUGCCCGUUGGAGACCCCCGCUACGGAGGCGCCGUCCUGAUCAACCCAGGUGGCCCUGGUGGCCCUGGAACUUUGCAGGCCUUUCUGUCUGGUCGCAACUUGCAGACAAUUGUGGAUGCAGAGACUGAUCCUAUUUUCCCUGCACCUGAAAACACCGAUAAGUAUUUUGACAUUAUUGGAUUCGAUCCUCGCGGUGUUGGCUCCACGACGCCGGCAGUGACCUGCUUUCCAGAUCAUGUUUCGCAGCGAAACUGGGAGUUGCAGGUCGCGGCGGAAGGCAUGCUUGGAAGCGGCCCGGAUGCUCUGCUCAGAAACUGGCAGCGCACCCAGGCACUGAACUCCGGAUGUUCGGUCUGGGAGAUGACAAACUUGUACCACGGAAAUGAUUCCAUGAUGGAGUAUGUUAGCACUCCCUUGGUCGCACGAGACAUGAUCACAAUCAUUGAGCGCCACGGCGAAUGGCGUGAGAAAGAGGGCCUCAAGGCACAGGUUGCCUACGAUCAGAGUCAUGGCCCCGAUGAAUCGCGUGCGAUCUUGAGACGUACGCAAUGGUUCGUCAAUCAAGAGCCGCUCUUGUACUGGGGCAGGUCAUAUGGCACUGUUCUCGGCACAACCUUCGCAGCCCUCUUUCCCGAUCGGGUCCAACGGGUUGUUCUUGAUGGCGUUGUCAACAUGGACAAGUACUAUGGAGGCAGAGGUGAAAAUCCGGUAGUGGAUGCCGAUGAAAUCUUCCGCCGAUUCGGUCAAUACUGUGCCGCCGUUGGGCCCAAUGACUGUCCUUUCUUUGCCGAAGGAGGGCCGGAAGCCAUUCUGGAUGCUUACUGGACACUUGAGGAUCAGGUUUUGAACAUGUCAAUUCCGGUGAUGGCAUCGACCACUCGAGGACCCGAGGUCGUGACGUGGACAGAUAUGAAAGCGAUUCUCCGCGUGGCGGUUUAUCAACCUUUGCUUGCGUUCCAUGUUCUGGCAUACCAUAUGGGCGAGCUGGCGAAGGGGAAUCCUGUGACGAUGGCAGAUUUCAAGCACCGCGGUCAUUUUGCGGCUUGUCCAUCCAGUGAAUGCAGUAUCGCCGGUCCGUGGUCGGCCGAAUGCUCGCGCGGACAGGAUAAUAGUCUCUACGCGAGCGCCGCUAUUCUCUGCACUGAUGCUGAAUACAUGGCCCAGUUGGGUAUAGAGGAGUUUCAGGACACGUGGAAUAGACUCAAGACCGACAGUGCGGCGCUCGGGGAUUACUGGGCCCAGAUUCAGCUGUCCUGUAUUGGUUGGAAAGCCAAGGCUAAAUAUAAGUUCACAGGCCCCUGGGGUGGCGUUACUGCCCAUCCGAUGUUGUUUGUAUCGAAUACCCUCGAUCCAGUGACACCUCUGAACAGUGCACAGCAUAUGUCGCAGCAAUUUCCUGGUUCCGGAUUGCUCCAACAGGACUCCGAAGGGCACACCACCGUUGCCGCACCGUCGGUAUGCACUGCCAAAUCCAUUCGCAACUACUUCCAGACCGGCCAUCUUCCUGAAGCCGGUAUUCUCUGCGAAGCGGAUCUGAAGCCGCUGGUCGGCGCACCUCAUAAAUCUACGACCCUUCGUCACAACGUGGAUGCUGCCGACAGCAGGCUCUUCGAUGCUCUGAUGGCAGAGACCAACUUAGGUCAUUGGUCCGGUCUUCCCUUAUAG